AUGGUACUUUCAUUACAAGAAGUUUCUCAACAUAAUAAGAAAGAUGAUUGUUGGGUAAUUAUUCAUGAUAAAGCAUAUGAUCUUUCUGAUUUCAUGGAUGAACAUCCUGGUGGACUGGCAAUUAUUAUGAAAUAUGCUGGUAAAGAUGCUACUAAAGCUUUUGAUCCUAUUCAUCCUGGUGAUACUUUAACUAAAUAUUUACAACCAAAAUAUCAUAAAGGAGAAGUUGAAAAGAAACAGAAAAAGAAGAAGAGUGCCACUACAAAUAAUGGCACCACAACUAAACCUACUGAAUCCACUCUGGUCUCACAAGAAACAGUUGAUGAAUUUGAUGUUGAAUAUGAUGAACAAGAAAACAAAGCUGCUAUCACUACAGAAGUUCAAACUAAUGGAGCUGGUAAUAACAACGACGAUGAAGUUGAAGGUGAUGAUGAGUAUGACGACGACGAUGAUGAUGAUGAGCCACCAACUGAAGAAGAACUUAAACGUCGUCAACUUGUUAAAAACAAACCAGAUAUUUCUCAAAUUUAUAACUUGUAUGAUUUUGAAUUUGUUGCUCGUCAUACUAUGGAUCCAAUUGGUUGGGCAUAUUAUCUGUCACUGGCAGAUGGUGAAGCUACAUUCAGAUUAAAUACUGGAAGUUAUCAAAGAAUUUUUUUUAAACCAAGAGUAAUGAUUGAUGUUACUGAAAUUGAUACAUCAACGACAAUGUUGGGAACUAAAGUUUCAGUUCCAUUUUAUAUUACUGCUACGGCAUUAGGUAAAUUAGGCCAUCCUGAUGGUGAAAAAGUUUUAACCCGAGGAGCUCAAAAACAUGAUCUUAUUCAAAUGAUCCCUACGUUGGCUUCAUGUUCAUUUGAUGAAAUUGUUGAUGAAGCUAAACCAAAUCAAACUCAAUGGUUUCAACUUUAUGUCAAUUCAGAUCGUGAAAUUACGAAAAAGAUUGUUCAACAUGCUGAAGCUAGAGGUAUGAAAGGAUUAUUUAUUACGGUUGAUGCUCCACAAUUGGGCAGAAGAGAAAAAGAUAUGAAAACUAAAAGCAUUGUUGAUUUAAGUUUUGUUCAAGGUGAAGAUGAUGAAGCUGAUCGUUCACAAGGUUCAGCAAGAGCCAUUUCUUCGUUUAUUGAUACUAGUUUAAGUUGGAAAGAUUUGAAAUGGUUUAAAUCAAUUACUAAAAUGCCAAUAAUUUUAAAGGGAGUUCAAAGAGUUGAAGAUGCCAUUAUAGCAGCUGAACAUGGAUGUGCUGGUGUGGUUUUAAGUAAUCACGGGGGUAGACAAUUGGAAUUUUCUCCACCACCAAUUGAAGUUUUAGCAGAAUUGAUGCCAAUUUUGAGAGAAAAAGGGUUAGCAGAUAAUUUUGAAGUUUAUAUAGAUGGAGGUGUUAGAAGAGCUACUGAUAUUUUAAAAGCUGUUUGUUUAGGAGCAAAAGGUGUUGGUAUUGGUCGUCCAUUUUUAUAUGCCAUGUCAGGAUAUGGAGAUGCUGGUGUCAAUAAAGCUAUACAAUUACUUAAAGAUGAAAUGAUUAUGAAUAUGAGAUUAUUGGGAGUUAAUAAACUUGAAGAAUUGAAUGAAUUAUUUGUUGAUACUAAAUAUAUGCAAACAAGAUAUGUUCCUGAUGAUGUGUUGUUUAACAGAGUUUAUGAACCGGUACCAUUACCAAGAUUCAAAGAUACAAAAUUGUAG